UGUGAAGGAGGAGAGCGUAAAAGGAAGCUUUUGAGAUUCGCAUGGUUUCUCUUUAAACACUGUGUCUGUGUAACGAUGCGAUUGCAGAAAAUAUGAAGAAUGUGAAUGGAACGCACGAUUACCUUUUUGAAUUAGAGAAUAAGAACAGCGGGAAAGUAGAAUAACUGUGGUGUGGAUUGUUGCUGACAUUUAGAUCACAUUCAACAAACUGACAGUCAAAGCUAACCAAAUCUACCAGUCAACUAGUCACAGCUUCUACAAUUUCUUUCCCUUUCUUCAACCUACCUAUGGCCAGACCAGGGAACAAGAUCAUUCAAGCCAAGCUGGUGGGUACUUCUCGGAGACAUGGGAACUGGAAAGACCAGUUUAGCGUUGAGAUUUGUAAAAGGCCAAUUCUUUCCUAACCAGGAACCAACAAUAGGAGCAGCGUUUUUCACCCAAAUAUUAUCAUUAUCUGAAGCAACUGUGAAGUUUGAUAUAUGGGACACAGCAGGACAGGAACGUUAUCAUAGUUUGGCUCCCAUGUAUUACCGUGGGGCAGCAGCAGCAAUUGUUGUCUAUGACAUCUCAAGCGUUGAUACAUUUGUUCGAGCAAAAAAAUGGGUUCAGGAAUUGCAAACACAUGGAAAUCAGAAGGCAGUGAUGGCAUUAGUAGCAAACAAAUCUGACUUGGAGCCAAAGAGAGAGGUUGAAGCUGAGGUAGGAGAGCAAUUUGCUCAAGAGAAUGGAAUGUUCUACAUGGAAACAUCUGCUAAGACUGCAGAGAACAUCAAUGAGCUUUUCUAUGAGAUCGCAAAAAGAUUAGCUAGAGCUUUACCACCAAAGCCUACCGGAAUGAAUUUGAACAGCGUUGUACAAGAUAGAGGGAGAAGUUAUUAUUGUUGCUCAGCAUGAUAUUCUAUGUAAUCAAAUCACAGAAUGUGCCAAGGUACCUUUGACAUCGUUCUUUUGUAAUACUGACCACUUAAUAUUCCUUCCAAGUUGGGUGACUUUUUUCUUCUUCAUAUAAAGAAAUCUCAUGUGUUCAAAUGAUUGAUUGCGU